AUGGGGGAGGAGACAUCAAAGACAGGCUACAAAUUACUUCGCGGGCUUAGCUUCAAGCCCAAUGGUCUAAAGGGUGGCUUCAAAGCUUCUGGUUUCAUCUUUGGUUUGGUGGCAUUAGAGAACAUGGGAUUCGUAUCAAACGUAUUGAUAUUGUUCUCAUACUUCAUGAAGGAUUUGAGUUUCAACAUCCCUGGGGCCGCAAACACAGUUACUAAUUUUAUGGGCUCGACAUUCCUUCUAUCAAUUAUUGGUGCUUUUAUUUCAGACACUUACAUCUCCAGAUUCCAUACUUGUCUUAUUUUUGGAGUGAUCGAAGUAGUGGCUUUUGCGAUAAUGACAAUUCAAGCUCAUGCCACAAGUCUGCAUCCAAAACCUUGUGGUGGAAAGGCAAGUUGCAUGGAAGGAGGGGUAGGAUUCAUGUUUUACACCUCAUUAGCAUUGUUAGCAUUAGGUUCGGGUGGUGUUAGAGGUGCCCUUGCCCCGUUUGGUGCAGACCAGUUUGACACGAUGAAACCAAAAGGACUUACGGCACAAGGAAGUUAUUUCAACUGGCUUCUCCUCAGCACCACCUUGGGCGCCACCGUGGGAGUAACUGGAUUCGUGUAUGUUAGCACUAAUCAUGGCUGGUGGUGGGGCUUCUUAUUAGCUACCAUUACUAGCUCCUUGGGGUACACUUUAUUUCUUUUGGGGAAACCCUUCUACCGCAUUCAAGCUCCUAAAGACAGCCCGCUUCUAAGGGUUACUAGGGUGUUUGUAGCAUCUGUCAACAAUAGAAACUUAGCGCUACCAGAAAAUUCUGAAGAGUUACAUGAAAGUAGCAAAAAUGAGCCCUUAAUGGGAAAAAAACUCUCUCGCACUGCCCAAUUCACUUGGCUGGACAAGGCAGCAGUUGUUCCUAAAGAUUCAAAACCAAGUGAACUUGCACCAUGGGAGAUAUGCACUGUGACACAAGUUGAAGAAGUUAAGAUCCUAAUAAGAAUGCUUCCUAUCAUACUAAGCACUGUUGUCAUGAACACAUGUUUAGCCCAACUACAAACAUUUUCACAAGCUCAAGGAAACUUCAUGAACAAAAAACUUGGAAAACUUGACUUCCCUGCAGGCUCAAUUCCAGUAAUUCCCCUUGUCUUCAUGUCAAUUCUCCUUCCUGUUUAUGAGUUCUUCUUUGUACCAUUUGCAAGAAAAUUCACCAAACAUCCACAAGGAAUUACUCAACUCCAAAGAGUUGGGGUUGGCCUUGUUCUCUCUGCAAUCUCAAUGGGAGUGGCUGGCAUGUGGAAGUAA